CUAACCUCCACCUCCAUGGCGACCACCACCUUCUUCCGCCCGCUCGCCGUCCCCGUCGCCGGCGCCCGCCUCCGCCGCUGCCCCCUCGCCCUGCCCGCCCCCACCCGCCGGCCCACGCCCCUCCUCGUCGCCCGCGCCAAGCGCACCCCCGCCGCCUCCCGGCAGCCGGCCAGCUCCACCAACGCCGCACCCCCGAAGAAGGAGGCGGACGAGGAGGUGGAGGUGGAGGAGGAGCUGCCGUGGAUCCAGGACAAGGCGCUGGACCUCGUCGAGUUCACCGGCACCGUCACGCAGGCCAUCCCCGGGCCCCGCGUCGGCUCCAGCCCCGUCCCCUGGCUCCUCGCCGUCCCGCUCGCCUACGUCGGCGUCUCCCUCGCGCUCGCCGUCGCCCGCACCUACCGCAAAUUCACCUCCCCGCGCACGCAGAAGAAGAAGAGGGUGACUAAGAAUAUAUUCUUGUUGAAGUCACUAGAUGAGUUGUUUCACAAGGGCAGGGAAGCAGUGGAUUUUUCAGCUCUCCAAGAACUAAUGCAAAAGACAGGAUUUGACAUGGAUGAUGUUGUAAGAAAGUACAUCCGGUAUACGCUGAAUGAAAAACAAUUCAAUCCUGAUGUGGUUGUGGAUCUCAUACAUCUUAGGAAAGCAUCAAUGUUAGAAGAUGCUGAAGUUGCUGAAAUUUUGAAUGAGAUAUCAAGAAGAAUUGUUCGGGAGAAAGGUCCUAUAGUGAUGGACUUAACUGGAUUUACAGAACAAGGUUUCAAGCGGAAGCUUGCUGUGCAAACAUUGUUUGGAAAAAUCAUGUACUUAUCAGAGCUCCCAGAGUUCUGUUCUCGCGACAGCUCGCUUGUUGUCAAAGAAAUCUUUGGAGUUACUGAUGAGGAUGCAGACAGCCUUCGAAGUCACACCCUUUCAGAAGCUGGUGAUAUCGAGUCAUUAGAAAGGAUGAUCGAUGAUUCUGACAUUGAACAAGGUACCCCACCAUCGUCUUGAAUAAUGUUGAUGGAAGGAUACAGAGCAUCUUAUAUGAUAGAAGCUUGGAGUGAGUUUUUUCAACGUUAAAGAAGAGAGUGAUGCCCUGGAUAGUCGACUGCAAGUUUUGUAAAUCUACCUCCUAUUAGGAUUGUAGCUUCU